AUGCGUGAUGCGAUUGCAGCUGAAACCCCCAUCGAGGAGUUCACCCCCACGCCGGCCUUCCCCGCGCUGCAGUACCUGGAAUCCGUGGACGUGGAGGGCGUUGCGUGGAGAGCGGGGCUCCGAACGGGAGACUUCCUGAUUGAGGUGAACGGAGUCAACGUGGUGAAGGUGGGGCACAAGCAGGUGGUGUCGCUGAUCCGCCAGGGGGGGAACCACCUGGUGAUGAAGGUCGUCUCCGUCAGCCGCAAGCCUGAGUCAGAAGAGGUCGUUCGGAAGAAGG